AUGACUUACAAAUCAUCAAAUGAGAGACAUAAUUAUUUCAUAUGGUGUAGUGUAGAUAAAUUAAUUAAAUCUUUAUGUAUAAACAAAGAAAGUCAUAAACGAAAGUUUCAAAAGCAUAAAAGACUGCGAAAAUACUCUUCUUUAAGUGAAGCACAGGAAUCGCUCAAUAAUCAAACUACAGAACAUGAUAAUAUAUCACUAUCUAAAGAGAUAUUGAACACAUUUAUGAAUGUGAACAACGAAAGUGGAGAUAAUAAUAGUAAUAUUGUACGCCAAAGAGGUAAUGCAUUAAAACAAAAUGACGUCGUACGAAAAGAUUUCACAGACGACAUGAAGUACAUUCAGUGUAUACACAAUUUAAAUGAAAUUGUUAGACAAUUGAAUGAUACUCUAAUGCUUGAAGAUGAUGACAAGAUCAACUUAGGAGAAGAUUAUACACCUUUCAAGGUUAAUCAACAAACAUCCAAUCAGAAUAACACCUCAAAAAGUUGUGUAUUAUUUAAAAAGUUUGAUGCAAAUCAAAUGAUAAUGUAUGAAAUAGUUUAUGCUACAAGUUUGUUGACUAAGGCACUAAUGCGAAUGAAGAACGAACUAAACUCAAAUGGACAUCUAAGCCGAAAUACUCGAUAUGUACAGAGAGCUCAUUUAAACACUUUAGAUUUUGAAGAUUGUCCUAGAAGUUGUGAUAUAAAUGUUAUGCAAGAACAUCCAGCAAUUCUUGUUAAUGAUGUACCAGCAUUAUGGAAAGCUGAACAGAAUAUGUUAAUAGCUAUCGAAGAUAUUAAUCCAAUAGAAGUAACUGAAAACCCCAGUGAAAUGAAAGAUCAGUUGACAAAUUCAUCAUUGAGUAAUCAUUUAAAUUUACCUUCAGAAUCUCAUCAAUCUACUCGAAAGAAGUCAAGAUCAUCGUAUGGGGAUACAGAUAUCUAUUCUGAGUCAACAAAUAUCUCAACUUUUAUUCCUUAUGAUGAUACAACUUUGCAAAAAUACCACCCUAAAACAACACAAAAUUCAACAACGUUAUACACCUUUGAAGAAAUGAUAAGUGAUAAUGAAAAUUGCCAACAAUUAGACUCAUUUUCAAUCUACUCUGAAAAAGUUAGAUCAAUCAAUGAAAGCAAAGAAAUAUUAGCCAAAAAAACUGAAAUACAAAAUGAUUCAGGUGAUAUUGUAAAGAAACAAUUAACUUUUACAUCUCAAAAGGAGCGCCAAACGGAGCAUGCACUUAAAACAAAAACGACAUGUCAAAAUAUUGCCAAGAUACCAUCAAAACCCACUAGAAAUUUAUUUUUGACUCAAAAAAGUAAGGAACAGAAUACUUCUGCCCAUCGAACUGUUCAACUUAACAGAACAGAAUCUUUUAGAAAAUCAGCCAAUUCUACACUUUGUCCAUCGGUAUCCAAUGUGAAGGUGAAUGCCUCUGGUUCAUAUUCAAAUAAAGGUUUCAGUGUUGGAAGUAAAAAGGAGGAAAGUUUUUCCAAAAAUCCAGAAAAACAAAAUUUAUGCAAAAGACAUCAAUCUGAUGUUAUCAGGAAAGCGAAAAAUUUAAAUACAAAUAAAGUACCAAUUAAAUAAACUUCAAUUUUGAAUAAUCUAAUGAAGUGUGACAUUCAACUUUGCACAAAUAGUUGGAAUACUACUGUAAUCAGAAAUAAGUAGUACGAUCAGUUAGUCAAAAAAAGUAAUGGCAGUCAAUGUCAUUCCCCUCUAUUUCAAAACCAACUGUUGUUAUUUCAUGUCAAAUGUAC